AAGAGAUCUCGAAUUCGAACGCGAGGCGACUCGCAUUCAGUGAAGCGUCUGCGACACUGAUACUGAGGCGCGCGCGCGCGCUGCGUCGUCAACGAACUCCAACUCCGUUUUCGUUGCCGCCAUAUUUAGGGCUUCUGGCCGCACCGCAAUUGGAAACUGGACGAUCCGGUUCGAUCGGACCGGGUCGGUUGCGCCACGCGUGGCGGGAGCUGGGCCGUUGGAUCAGGGAUUUUUCUCUGCUUUGGUUCUGCUCUCUAAUGCUUGUCUCAUCUCGUUUAGUUCUUGAUCAGGGCUCUGUUUCACGGAUUAAAUUUGGGUUUUUUUUUAAUGUUUUUGAUGUGGAGGAGAGAGAGGGGAGUGCAGUAAAUGGAAUUGAGGUAGUGGCAGUGGCAGGCAGGCAUUGCAGUCGCCAUGGCGGCGUUGCAGUGAGCUAAAGAAAGGGAAGAGAGAGAAGAGAAUGAGAGAGAGAAAGAGAAAAAAAGGUGUUUUUUAAUGGCGGAAGAAUCCCACAAGGGUGGUCAUGAUCAAUAAAGGUAGCAAAGCAUACGGGCAAGAAUUCAGUGGAACUAGGUACGGUUAAUUAAUCAAGCAGCUUAUGAUCGUGUAGGCUCUCUCUUCUGCCUAUUCGCGACCUCGAAAUCUCAAGAAUUAAUCUUAUCUAUGGCGAAGUGAGUAGGUAGAUGAGGAGAUUGGUAGAUGUAGCUGGGGGUUUAGGGGAAGGAUCCUUCGGAGAGAUCGGAUCGGAUCGAUCGAGCUUCCCAUGGAUGAUUUAGAGGCAGCAGCAUGGCGGAGUUCUCACUAGGAGGCGGUCGGCAAGGUGCGAGCGGCGGCGGCGGCGGCGGCGAAGAAGAAGGAGGUAUCUUUCCUCCUCAGGGGUUGUUCCUUUACGGCAGCGGCGGGGGCAGCGGCAGCAGUAGAUCGACCGAGGCCAUCACGCGAGGCUUCGAACUAUGGCAGCAGCAGCAGCAUGCGGUGAGACACCAGAUGCCCCCCGCGGCGCCGGCGCUGCUCUCGUUCUCGACCACUGAGGGGGCGCCGCCGCCGCUGCCGCUCGUGGCGGCGGGGGGUGGAGGAGUGGCAAGAGGGAUGGGCUCGUCGUCGUCGACGCGAAGCGGCACGAUCAGCUGCCAGGACUGCGGCAACCAGGCGAAGAAGGACUGCCCCCACCUGCGGUGCCGCACCUGCUGCAAGAGCCGCGGCUUCGACUGCGCCACCCACGUCCGCAGCACGUGGGUCCCCGCCGCCAAGCGCCGCGAGCGCCAGCAGCAGCAGCAGCAGCACCUGCUCGUCCGCUCCGCCGCCCUCGCCGCUCAUCCUCCCGCCGCCGCCGCCGAGCCUUCCAAGCGCCCCCGCGAGGCCAUCCUCACCCGCCUCUCCACCGUCGCCACUUCAUCAGGCGGGGAGGUCAGUUUCCCAGCGGAAGUCAGCUCGCCGGCGGUGUUCCGCUGCUUACGAGUCAGCUCGGUGGACGAGACCGCGGCAGCGGAGGAGGAGUUCGCGUACCAGGCAGCCAUCAGCAUCGGCGGCCACGUCUUCAAAGGCAUCCUCUACGACCACGGCCCCGACCACCCCGCCUCCUCUCCCUCUGCCGCCGCCGCCGCAGCACCUAUCCCCGCCGGCCCCUCCUCUACCUCAGUAACACUCGCCGGAGUGGCGACUUCGGCCGGGCUAGUGGAUCCUUCCUCGCUUUAUCCGACUCCACUCAGCGCAUUCAUGGCCGGCACUCAGUUCUUCCCCCAACAAAGCCAUGGCCACCACCACCACCACCACCACCACCCUCCAAGGCAAUAACAAGGCAAACUACUUCUCCAUUGAAACUCUCACCUAGCUUAGAGCUAAAAGCCGCCUAAACCAAUUACAAUUAAACUAUCUUCUUAAUCAUCACCUUCCUUCUUAAUUUGCCACUUAAUCACUCGCUAAUCCGUGUAGCUUCAUUAGACAUGAACAUUGCCUGCAGCUUUUCUCUCAUCCAUGCACGUAGAGUGAGCCCUCCUCUUCUUCUCUAGCUAGCUAGGUCUGCAAUGCAUGGACGAGGAGCAUGCCCACAACCACUAUACACUCAAUUAAUUAUUCUUUUUCAGAAAAUUAAUGAUAUUUAUAAUUGCCAAUGGAGGAAGAGGAAGAGGGAGAGGAGAUCAUCAUGAAGUAAAGGUGUCACUACCACAGUUAGCUCCAGCUUCUUCCUGCUCCAGCUAUCUAUUCUGUCCCCUUUGUUUUCUUCUUCCAUGAGUUGCAAUUAAUGUUGGAGGUGAUGGAUGGAUGUGACUCUCUCAUUGCUUUUCUGUUGCCUGCAUGCCUUCAGGCAAAUUUGAGGAAGAGAACAAUUAAUGCUUAAUUUCAUGUUAGAAAUAUAUGUGCUGCUAAUUGGUCAGUGAUCACUAGUAUCUUGUGCACUUGGUUUGUGUGAUUA